UACGGCGUCUGGCAGGGGUCAUGAUUUGAUUUACUACGGCAAAUAAUAAUCUUCCCCUUUUUCAUUAGCAGCGGGCAGCUCGUCAGUUAGAGAGGUGAGGGGUUAGAAGCGCAGAGAUGGCGUGAGCUGCCAGAAGAUUAAGAUUUCACCAGCGAGGAAGUGAUCGCCGAGCCCCACGGAGGAAAGUAACGGUAGUUUGUGGCCGGAGGCAGCAUCGCCACUUCUGACUUUUUUCCCUGGGAACGAGUCAGUCCAUCCGCAAAGCUGUGCAGGAGAAUGAAGCCCAAUGCCGGGCACAGCCCUCCGCAGCAGGACAGCCUGGAGCUCUCUCCUUCUUCCACAUUAGCUGCCUCCUAAGCACAAGCGCCGAGUUCGAAUCCUGCUGCAGGUCCUGCCAACUGUAACACCUCUGCUGGACCACAGGUGAGGAGGAAAAACAAGACCACCUGGGGGAGUCCGCUUCCUGCAGCCAUGGAGGAGGAGGUGGAGGCGGUGAGCAUGGAGUACCUGCUGGAGCAGGUGACGCAGAAGGACCUGGGGAAGAGGCUCCAGGUGGGCCAGGAGGUCAUGGAGCUGAUCCUGGAUGAGGAGAGGUCCCCGGAGCUGGAGCAGGACCAGAGCAUGCUGGACAGGAUUGUGGACUGCGUGGCCAGCUCCUGGGUCAAUUCCAGCAACUUCAAGGUGGUUUUACUGGGGAUGGAUAUCCUGUCGGCUCUGGUGAGCAGGCUGCAGGAAAGAUUCAGGACACAGGUUGGAACUGUCCUGCCCAGUCUUAUCGAUCGACUGGGAGACGCCAAGGAUCAAGUCCGAGAGCAGGACCAGGCACUUCUGCUGAAGAUCAUGGACCAGGCUGCAAACCCACAGUAUGUGUGGGAGCGAAUGAUGGGAGGAUUCAAGCACAAGAACAACAGGACCAGAGAGGGACUCUGCCUGUGUCUCAUCUCAACUUUAAACGUGUUUGGCUCUCAGAGUCUGACGCUCAGUAAAAUCGUUCCUCACAUCUGCAGCCUCCUCGGAGACCCCACCAGCCAGGUGCGUGAUGGUGCCAUGAACUGCCUGGUGGAGAUCUACCGGCACGUCGGAGAGCGAGUGCGGAUCGACCUGGGAAAGAAGGGCCUGCCUCAGUCACGAUUAAAUGUCAUCUUCAGUAAGUUUGAUGAAGUCCAGAGGUCGGGGAACAUGGUCCUGUCACCUUUGUCGGACAAGAACUUCGAGGACGAUGACUCGGUGGACGGCAACCGCUCCUCGUCCUCAUCCAAAGGAACCUCGCUGUCCGGGAGGAAGGCGGUGAGCAUGGGUUCAUUUCGACGCCCUGCCUCUGCCUCCAGCAGCAAGUCUGCAGGGAGGGACGGGUCCAGUGCUGGAGCCGUGGAUGAGGAGGACUUCAUCCAGGCUUUUGAAGAUGUUCCCACAGUGCAGAUCUACUCUAACAGGGAGGUGGAGGAAGCCAUGACGAAGAUUCGAGACGUGCUGUCGGACGACAAGCGGGACUGGGAGCUGAGAGUGGCAGCUCUGAAGAAAGUGCGUUCGCUGCUCCUGGCCGGUGCACCAGAGUUCGACGGCUUCCUGCAGCAGCUGCGACUCAUGGAGGCUGCGUUCAAGCUGUCUGCCAAGGACCUGCGAUCUCAGGUGGUGAGGGAGGCCUGCAUCACUCUGGGACACCUGUCGUCAGUGCUCGGCAACCGGUUCGAUCACGCAGCAGAGGCCAUCAUGCCAACACUCCUCAACCUGGUCCCCAACAGUGCCAAAGUCAUGGCCACGUCCGGCGUGGCCGCCAUCCGCCUCAUCCUCCGACACACACACUACCCACGCCUCAUCCCCAUCAUCACCAGCAACUGUACCUCCAAAUCUGUGGCUGUGCGAAGGCGCUGCUUCGAGUUCUUGGACCUGCUGCUGCAGGAAUGGCAGACGAGCUGUCUGGAAAGGCACGGCACAGUUUUAAUGGAGACUAUAAAGAAAGGAAUCCAUGAUGCAGACGCUGAGGCUCGCUCUGUGGCCAGAAAGUGUUACUGGAGCUUCCACAGUCACUUCAGCCGGGAGGCGGAGCAGCUGUUCCAGGGCCUGGAGUCAUCCUAUCAGAAAGCUCUGCAGGCUCACCUGAGGAGCGGAGACAGUCUGAUGUCGCUGCCCGCCUCUGACCGCUCCUCCUCCUCUUCUCAGGAGAGCCUCAAUCGACCUCUGUCUGCAAAAAGCACUGUUGGGAGCAGCUCAGCCCGAUCCAAACCCGCCCACACCUCCAGGACGCCGGCUGCCGCCUCCUCCCCCGGCUCACUCCAGCGCUCCCGCAGCGACGUGGACGUAAAUGCCGCGGCCAGCGCCACCGCCCGCACGAGGAUGCCUGCCGUACCCUCCACUGUGCCGUCGUCGGCCUCGCCCUUCAGCUCUGCCUCGGCGCUGCCUCCUGGAUCCUACGCUUCACUGGGUCGAGUGCGAACGAGGAGGACAAGCUCAGGAAACGGUCCGUCAGUGACAGACACCCGGGGCCGGAGUCGAGGGAAAGUCGUCUCUCAGUCCCAGCCUGGGAGUCGGUCAGGCUCUCCCGGGCGGCUGCUGAGCUCCACCUAUGGCCGGAUCCCCAGGCCCACCAUGGGCACCGGUGCCACCACCGCCGCCACGGGUAGCACCUCCACCAGCCUGACCGACAAGAGCCGACCUCGAGGUCACCGCAGCCAGGGCUGCAGCCGAGAGACCAGCCCCACCAGAUCAGGCACGGCCCGGAGUCGCAUCCCUCGACCGAGCAUGAGUCAGGGCUGCAGCCGCGAAACCAGUCGCGAGAGCAGCCGCGACACCAGCCCGGCGCGGGGCUUCUCCCCCCUGGACCGGCUGUCCCAUCAGGCUCGGAUCUCUGCCUCAGUCAAUGCCAUGAGGAUCCUCAACACGGGCACCGAGGUCGAGGCUGCGGUCGCCGAUGCUCUGCUCUUAGGAGACUCGAGGAGUAAGGUACAGCGGAGGCCAGUGAGGCGGCGGUUCGAGUCGCCGGGGAUGUACUCAGACGACGACGCCAACAGCGACGCCUCCAGCGCCUGCUCUGAGCGCUCCUACAGCUCACGUAAUGGCGGAGUGGCACCACACUAUCUGCGCCAGACGGAGGACGUGGCGGAGGUGCUGAACCACUGUGCCAGCGCCAACUGGUCCGAGAGGAAGGAGGGACUGCUGGGACUGCAGAACCUGCUCAAGAGCCAGAGGAUGCUCAGUCGUGUGGAGCUGAAGAGGCUUUGUGAGAUCUUCACCAGGAUGUUUGCGGACCCUCACAGCAAGGUCUUCAGCAUGUUCCUGGAGACUCUGGUGGACUUCAUCGUGCUGCACAGGGACGACCUGUUGGACUGGCUCUUCGUCCUGCUCACACAGCUGCUGAAGAAGAUGGGCGCCGACCUGCUGGGCUCCGUCCAGGCCAAAGUCCAGAAGGCUCUGGAUGUCACGAGGGAGUCCUUCCCAUACGAGCAGCAGUUCAACAUCCUGAUGCGCUUCAUCGUGGAUCAGACGCAGACGCCCAACCUGAAGGUGAAGGUGGCCAUCCUGCGCUACAUCGAGGCUCUGGCCAGGCAGAUGGACCCGGCCGACUUUGUCAACUCCAGCGAGACACGCCUCGCCGUUUCCCGCAUCAUCACCUGGACCACCGAGCCCAAGAGCUCCGAUGUCCGCAAGACCCUUCAUAACUGGGCAGGGGAGGAUUUCUCAGGCCGACCCAGCACCGUGGCCUCUCUGCCCGGGGAGGGCAACCUGGAGGAGAGGUGCAAGCAGGCGGCCCAGGUGGUGUUGAUCGCCCUCUUUGAGCUGAACACUCCAGAGUUCACCAUGCUGCUGGGUGCUCUGCCUAAAACCUUCCAGGACGGGACAACAAAGCUGCUGCACAACCACCUGAGGAACGCCAGUGCCAACAGCGGCAUCAGCAUGGCGUCUCCCAGUAACUCGGCAGGUCGGACGCCCCCGCGACAGCCCAGCAGCCGCAGCAGCCCUCUGACUUCCCCCACCAACUGCUCCCACGGCGGCCUUUCCCCCAGCAUGCUGGAGUACGACAGCGAGAACCUGAACUCCGAGGAGAUAUACAGCUCGCUGCGCGGUGUCACCGAGGCCAUCCAGAACUUCAGCUUCCGCAGCCAGGAGGACCUGGUGGAACCGCUGAGGCGGGACGGCAAGAAGGAUGGCGUUAUGACUGGAGGCGGGGCGUCCUCGGACUCCGAACCUCGUCCCAGCGGUGAUGCGGUGGAGGGCGGGCGCACUGCCCUGGACAACAAGACCUCUCUGCUGAACACGCCCUCUCCUCGAUCCUUCGCCGGGCCGCGCUUCAGAGAGUACAACCCAUACAACUACACGGACGGCAUCAGUACGAUGGAUAAAGCUGCGCUGAAGGAGGCACUGUACGAGGACGCUGUGGAGCAGCUGCGAGAAGGCCGCCGGCAGGAAAGUGUGGAAAACAAGAUCCUGAACCCCAAAAGUUUCCCAGCCGGGGCUGCUGAGCAGCUGGAGCUGGUCGGAGAGCUGCUGAAGGAGCUCUCUCAGGGCCAGGCAGGGGAGCGGGGCCCUGAGGAGCGCCGGGGGACCCUGCUGGAGAUGCUGAAGGUGGCCCGAGAGGACAGCUUGGUGGUGUGGGAGGAGCACUUUAAGACCAUGCUGCUGCUCCUGCUCGAAACGCUGGGAGACAAAGACCACACAAUCCGGGCACUCGCCCUGCGAGUCCUAAAGGAGAUUCUGAGGAACCAGCCCGCCCGCUUCAAGAACUACGCCGAGCUCACCAUCAUGAAGAUGCUGGAGGCCCACAAAGACUCGCACAAGGAGGUGGUGCGGGCGGCUGAGGAGGCGGCCUCCACGCUGGCGGGCUCCAUCCACCCCGAGCAGUGCAUCAAGGUGCUCUGCCCCAUCGUGCAGACGGCCGACUACCCCAUCAACCUGGCCGCCAUCAAGAUGCAGACGAGGGCCAUCGAACGAAUCACCAGAGAGCCGCUGCACCAGCUGCUGCCCGACAUUAUACCUGGACUCCUGCAGGGCUACGACAACACUGAGAGCAGCGUGAGGAAGGCCAGCGUCUUCUGCCUGGUGGCCAUCUACUCUGUGAUCGGAGAGGAGCUGAAGCCUUACCUGGCUCAGCUGACCGGCAGCAAGAUGAAGCUGCUGAACCUGUACAUCAAGCGGGCGCAGACCUCCACCAGCAACAGCAGCAGCUCCUCCGACAUCUCCUCUUACUAACUCCUGCAGCUUCCAUCCUCGCAGACACGCUUAUAAACUGUUUCAUUCCAUCAGCCGGUGAUCGACCUGAGGGGUGACGUCACCACCAGUGGGAUCAUCAUCAGUUUCUUUGUAGGACCAGGUGCCUGGCACCUCAUCUUCUUGACCAGCUUCUGUUUCCCAAACCAUCUUCCAUCUCAUUCCUUCAGCUGCUGAUGGAGCUGAAGUCCCUGAGGAGCUCAUGCUGUCAUGGCUCCAGUUUCAUGUCCAUCUUCCCAUCAUCCAUAAAGUUCAGCUCGUUUUUUGGAGGUAGGGUGACCCUGGCUUUUGAGACGUUUCAUGAAGAUCCACCACUAGAUGCAUUAGCCUUAAGACUUCAUCUUCCAUCUUCCGGUAUGGAAAUGAUCAAUUUUUAGAGGCCGUGUGCCUGAAACCAAGAUCUCCUCUUCCUCAUCUCAUCAUCAUCGUCGUCGUCUUUAAUCUCCUGGAUGUGAGGUGCAGUUUGAAGCCGAGGAGAUCCUGGAACCAUGAAGGACCUGAAGAGGAGAGUUUUUGCAGUGUAGCUUCCUCCUUCUGUCAGUAUUUUUAUUCCUUUUUAGUACCUUUAAUCCACUUCCUGGACACUGUUUUGCUUUGACACAUCAAACCUUUUAUUGAAUGUAAAGAGCUUUGAGUGAGCGCGAGUCUCCUUCGUGAACUACUGCCUCAUUGGUGGGACGUUUUCCAGUUUUUAACAUUUGAAUGAGUUGUUACAGAAAGUGGCACUACAGUCUUUAAAAGGCUGAAUCCCAGAGAUAAUCGGAAGAUCAACGCGAGCUUUUAUUUUGAAAAUGGGCUCGUGCCUCUGUGAGUGCGACGGGAGAAUCGACGGGGUUGCACUCAGUCCUGGAAUAAUCUAUUUCAAAGAUGUGAAGCUCGUCUCAGUUUACAGUGAUUGAUCAUUUGGCUGGCCAAUGAUUUUAAGCACUACAAAUCAGCAAAGUUUUAUUGUUCUGGGCCCGAGAACCAGCAGAAAACAGCAGUGUUUAUAUUUUAAAGUCAUUUUUUAAGGUGUGAAAAAGAAGGAACAAAUUAUUUCUGUUUUUGUGGCACUCAUCAGUUAGAUUUCCAUUUAAUAGUCAAGACCAAAUAUUUCACCUCACAGAUCACAGUUUUCUACCUGAAUUGGAAAUAAAAUGUCAAAUUGAAACGGCCGUGUUUUUAAAUGUGAAGAACUAGACUUAGAUGUGAGUGAGAGUUAUUUUGAAAUCACAGGUUUGCUUUAGUUAGCUGUCUAAAUGAGCUAUUGGAGAUGAGGUGGAGGUUUUAAAGAGACAGACCACUCUGCACAGAUUUAAUAUUCAGUGUUGGAAAUUAGAUUUGUCCUACAUGCAUGUGAACAGCACUUUUUUCUAUACGUGACUUUCACAAUAAAAGCUUUAGCAGCAGGGUAAAUUUCAGCUGAUUAAACAGCUUACAGAAGCAUGUUGAAGAGCUGAUUGUAGGAUUUAAGUAAUCUUAACUUUAGUUUAGGAAGUUUUGAAAUUUAAUGCUGCCUUUUAUUUAUAUAAAUAUUGUGUUUUUUAAGAAGGUUUUAAUAUAUUGCAAUGAAAUAAACACUCUUUUUUCUGUUUGAGAAACAAGCUGUUAAAAUACUGCGUUGGACUUCAUUUCUAAUUGUUAGAAAAAGUUUGAAAAAUAGCGUAAUUAGUCUUUAAAUCAUCAUUAAAUUAUCAAUAUUUAUGUUUAAAUAUGUGUUCCAGUUAUCAACAUAAAAUGUGACUUUAAGCUUUCAUUAUGGAUUUCUGCAUAUGACACAACGAUAACUCAGCAGCAGAAAAUACUGACCUAAACACGUGUAGAUUUCUCUGUAGCAUUUCUGCUGAUGUGAACAUAACAGGCAGAUUUAUUGAAAGACAGAUUUCUUUUAAGUUGUGAUAGAAGUAAAUUUUGCACACAACUCUAGAACAUGGAUUGAUGGAUAGUCUGUCCAAUACUUUUUUGGGCUCAUGGUUGAGCCUAAAUUUAAGGAGAGCUUUUCUUCUUUUCCCCUAUUUCCGGUCAGAACUUUAAAUGCAUACUUUCAUAAAAGUAGAUAUAAGAACCAGGACACUUAAAGCAAUACUUUUCAAUUACACACAAACAUUUAAAUAUUAUCACUAAUUUCAAGUAUAACACUAAUCUAGCUUCUCAUUUAAAAAAAAAAGAAAGAAGUAUUUAUUUAUAAAAAACAAAUGUAAAAAAUGACUGUCAGCUUGACAGACUGAGGACCACAAUAAGAAAAAUUCCAAAGAAAACAUAUUUUUGGUGAUUGCUUUGGUCAUUCACUCAUUUGGACUGUAAAUAUCCUCACCAUCAUCUAAUUUAUGUUACACAACGUAAAGACUGAACUCACUUUGUAAAUGUUAAUAAAAGAACUGCACAUUUUGUGACCAAAAGGAGACAAUAAUUAAAUACAGAUUUAUGUUGGGGUUUUUUUUUUUUCAGGCCAAAGGUAGAAAGCUAGUGAGAAGGAGAUCUUCUCAUCGUCCUACGUAAAUAUGAGACUGAUAUAAAGAACAAAAAAGAUUAAAUUGUCUUUUAUUGAGUUUUAAAUGGAAAAUCAAGCUGAUGAGUGUCACAUAAGUUUAAUUUUUUUUCAGCUAUGGUGGGUUUUUUAAUGGCUGUCAAAAACUAAAAGGUCAAUCAGCUCUUAAUUAAAACCACUGUAAUGACAGCAGUGUUGCUCUCUCCUGUGAAUUGAACGGCCCAGCUUGGGUUAAACUGGGAGUUUAUUAGUUUUGAUGACUGCUGUCAAGUUUAGACUACUGUGAUUAGGGGAGUUUCAUUCCAAAAUACUGUAAUAUAUAUAUUAAAGCUCAAUCUGAAGGUCAAAAUAAAGGCCUAAAUAUCUCAGAAAUAGUAUUAGCGGCCGUGCUGAUGAAGGUUCUCUGCAUCAGCGGCUCCCAAAUCGAAUGUAAGUCACUUUUUCAACCUUUAAAAUGUGAAUGACAAACCUGUGGGAAAGAUUGACGAUCUGAAUCAUUAGAUGCUACUACAUGAGCGCGACAAUGCUGAACUGCUGAUUGGUGAAGUGCCAGUGGUAAAAAAAAGAAACAGAGUGGACAUUAGCAAUAAACUUCAAGAAAUCCAGCUCGGAUUUCCUUGUGGAAACACUGUAGAUUCCCAUUUAGGUCCUCCUUUGAGACACUCUCGCCGGUCAGUGUAAAAAAGUGUCAUUUUCGAAUAAGUGCACCUAUAAUUAAACCUUCUGCUGCUUAUUAUAAUACUAACAAACGCGCCUAACCACUCUGGUGUAUGUACUUUAUCUCAGCAGGAAGUGUAGGUGAAGCGAUGACGAUGGAGAAACGACUGAAAUUUUUAAUACUGAUUGAUUGACUGAUUGCACUUUCCUGGUGCUGAACUCCGCCCAUCACGCACACUAAGUGAGUCCAAACAAACACCCCAGAGGGGGCAGAAGAUGAGAAAUAAUCCGACAUUUCCAGCAAAGUGCAUUUGUUUUCUUGCUGAGAGUCAGAUGAGAUUGCAGAGAUUCCAUUCUGUAAAUUUGGACCCUUUUCCCUUGUGUAGAAAUGGCUUGCGUGGGGAUCCGAACAUUACAGAUCAUCCAUCAUUACAAGCUUAAUUUUAAAUAUUUACAAGAAUGUCAGAACUUUAUCUGAUUUUUUUUAGCAUUUAGCUUAAUUUAACUAAAUUUUUACUACCUAACAUACAAUAGUAGACAGUGCUAAGGAGCAUCCAAAUAAAAUCCUAGAAUUUGACUCCUUAAAACUAAAACUUCUUGAACAGCUAAUCACAGCAACACAAUGCAUAUCAUGUGUCAGAGAACUGCAUUAAAAUGCUCCAAAAGGGACUGAGCACAAACUGCCACUACAUGCUGAUGAUGUGAUUCUAUUUAUUAUCCAAAUAUAGUAAUCACCUCAAGCCAGAGGUCCAGUUUAGGAACUCCAAUAAGCUGAGGUGAAGUCUACCAGACAGCUAAAACCUAUAGCUACCUGUGACACACCAUCUGGCUAUCAAGCAGAUAGGCCUCGCCUUAAUACAUGUGAAACAGGUGAUCCCAGUGUAGCAUGGUCUCUACUUUAAACUAGUGGAAUUUCUCAGUGAAAUCAGGCUUUGUCUGUCAGUUUGGUUUUUAUAAAAUUACAAUACCUACGAAACUUUGCAGCUCUUGCUCUGACCAAAACUGUUUUUGUAGCAGGCUGUAAAGAUGUUUACUUCUGCUAUAAAUUUGGACAUUUUACCAUAGCACACAUUAGAAGAUUUUCAGUUUCAGCAUUAGUUUUACUUCCAACCUCUGGGGCUGAAAAGUGAAGCCAAUAUGGAAUCUGUGUUUACAUCUUCAGAGGUAGUGUGUUGUCGGAUGCAUGUAGAAAUAAAAAUGCUUUCUGUUCUUCCAAAAUGAAAUACCCACCCUCUCUUGAGGGUCCCAGUUUUUAUUCUUUCUUAACAUUUCUGCACAUACGUCUGACUCUCAGUAAAAAGCAAACAUUUCCCAGAAUGUCUUUAAAAGUGAAGGAUGUUUCCAGGCCUUACUGAAUCUCUUCCGACACAUUACUUGGACUGUUAAAUGUACUGUACCAGUGGCCGUUGUCACUCUUCUCAGCUGUGAGAAUCGUUUCCCUCUGAACUGAAUGUCGAAGUCCUCCAUAGCGUGUCUAGUCCAGUGGUGGUGAUCCGGUGUUAAGCCUGCUGCAGUUUACGCUACAGUUUUGGCAACUAAAACUCAGUUCCCUUUAUUUCAAGCUACAGUGUAACUUGAAACGGCGUCUGCAUGGGUGCGUCACAGGAAUCGUUAAAUGUAGUCAACUCGAAAUUAAGAUUUGAGAACAUCAUUUUGAUUUCCUGAUUGAGUGCCUUUGGGGAAAGAUUUCUUGCAAUACACCUGGUUGUUCUGUCCAAUACUAACCUGUACUAACACUAUGAUUCACUGCUUCUGAAGGCAAGAAGAAAACCUUUUAAUGAUGCUGUAAAUACGCUUCAAGCUUUUUUCCAUUCGAACGACUUACAGUGCAUGGCUCCAGUUUGGUUUUUUUAGUUGGUUAGUUUCCUUUCAUGCUACACAGUAUUUAUAUUCUGUUUUAUUUCCCUGUGUAUGACUGUAUAUAUUUACAUGUUUGGUUCUCUUUCACCUGUGAUAGAUUUCGCAGAACUUGAAAUAAACUAUCAGACUUC